UUCGUCAACGACUGAUUCGUCUCUCUCUCUCUCUCUCUCCAAAAUUUCUUCAUUCGACUCUGCCACAGAUUGCAAAUUUAGGGCUUCAAUUUUGACCAAAGCCCACAACCCAAACCCCUUCCUCAAAAAACCAACCCAAUCAAUCUCCAAACCGUCCACACGAAAUGGACGGAAGCAGCGGCGGAGGACCGGCGCCGUUCCUGCUGAAGACGUACGAAAUGGUCGACGACUCGUCCACGGACGAGAUCGUCUCCUGGAGCGCAGCCAAGACCAGCUUCGUCGUGUGGAACCCUCCCGAGUUCGCUCGGAUCCUCCUCCCCACCUACUUCAAGCACAACAACUUCUCCAGCUUCAUCCGUCAGCUCAACACCUAUGGAUUUCGAAAGAUUGAUCCGGAAAAAUGGGAAUUCGCAAAUGAAGAGUUUAUGAAAGAUCAAAAGCAUCUUCUAAAGAAUAUCCAUCGCAGGAAACCCAUUCACAGCCAUAGUCAACCUCAAGGUACCUCGGGUGACCCAGAAAGAGCAGCUUUUGAGGAGGAAAUCGAUAAGCUUUCACGCGAGAAAACUGCACUUGAAAAUAACAUUUUAAGGUUCAAACAGCAGAAAUCUUCGGCAAUACUUCAGUUGGAUGACCUGACUCAAAGGGUAACUGGUAUGGAACAGAGGCAGGAGAAUUUGAUUACUUUUUUGGAAAAGGCAGUUCAAAACAAUAAUUUCGUCGAACAACUUGCUCGGAAGCUCGAAGCUACGGAUUUCUCGGCAUAUAAUAAGAAAAGGCGCCUCCCUCAAGUUGAUUACCGUAUAAUGCCGGUUCCAGAAACUAGCUUCGUAGAGAAUAAUAGCAGCUCUAGGCCUGAUUGUGGAAACAUUACCCACCAAGAUUUCUCAAAUACGCUACGGCUGGAACUAUCUCCUGUUGCUUCAGAUAUUAACUUGGUUUCUCAUAGCACACAGAGUUCCAAUGAAGAUGGGGAAAGCCCAAAUAGGAGACUGUACGAACCUAAAGAUACACAGAUGGGACCCGUUGGUCUUUUGGUGGCCCCUGAAACCUUAGAGUUGUCAGACACUGGAACAUCUUUCACAUUUAAUAGGGAUUCAACAAGACUCCAGACGUUGCCCCAAAAUUUGGCUUCGAAUGAAGAACUUGAUGGCAAUAUUUCUUGCCAUUUAAAUCUUACUUUGGCAUCUUCAUCACUGCAGUUGGAAAAAAGUCAAUAUCCACAACUAGGUCAUGAAAUCAGCAAGUCCUCAGAGCCAAGGGCCAGUGAUAAAGAGGCUGAAAUUAGGGUUUCCCCAAGGAAGAGAGCCGCCUUCUCUGAUGGUGAUGCCACUUUGUCUUCCUCAAAAGAAGCACCAAAUAAGAAUCAAGGGAUGGCGACUCCUCAGGUCCGCGUGAAUGAUGUAUUCUGGGAACAGUUCCUAACUGAAAGACCAGGCGCUUCAGAAACUGAAGAGGCUAGUUCUAGUCUGAGGUCAAACACAUUCGAUGAUCAGGAAGAUAGACAAUCAGUGCGUGGAAUGUCCAGAAAUGCGAAGAGCGUGGAGCAUCUCUCUCUUUGAGCCCUGAAGUUACAGUUUUACUCGGUCAAAAGUGUUCAAAUGCUUCUCCAGGCUCCACAUGCAUGCAACUUUCAUGUAUCAUCAGGUAUAAUAUUCUAGGCUUCGUCUGAGAUGCUUGUUUUGUGUUUGUUUGGGCGAAAAUGGUCUUCUUAUCGUACCUUUCUUUUGGUCAUCAAUGGUUAUGCUCUUUGCGGGCAUUGAUACAUGCACCGGAAAACACUUUUGGUUUGUUAGUUUAAACUGUAAUAUAUUACUAAAUAAUGGAUAAUUCAGAGGUAGCAAAGUGUGUUGAGGUUUGCUUAAGAUGUUGGAACUGGUAUAUGAUCAGUUUCUUUUUGUUUGUUUUAUAAGUAUGUGAUUCUUGUAGUAUUGCAUGUAGAUGGGUUUAUCA